AUAUCUCAAAACACUCCCUUCCAUUUGCUGAAUCUUCACCACAUUUCCCCCAUUUUCAUGACAUGAUCUUCUAAAACAAUCCAAAACCCAAAAUCUGCAGCAACCCAACGAUGUCGAACUCUUCCACAUCAGAUCUCCUCAAACCUUUCAAACUCAAAACAAAGCAACAAGAACUCCUUAUCCGAGUCUCAAUCCUCUGUCUUGUUUACAUCUUAGCCUUCAUUACCCGUCUCUUCUCUGUCCUCCGUUAUGAAUCCAUGAUCCAUGAAUUCGACCCUUACUUCAACUACCGUACUACCCUGUAUCUUACCCAACAUGGUUUCUACGAUUUCUGGAACUGGUUCGACUAUGAAAGCUGGUACCCUUUAGGCCGAAUCGUGGGUGGUACUCUUUACCCUGGUCUCAUGGUCACCGCCGCCCUCAUUUAUCGCCUCCUUCAUUUCCUUCGUUUCGCAGUCCAUAUACGUGAAGUCUGUGUUUUAACGGCUCCGUUUUUCGCUUCGAAUACGACCCUUGUUGCUUAUUUCUUUGGGAAAGAAAUUUGGGAUUCUGGGGCUGGGCUUGUUGCUGCGAUUUUGAUUGCUGUUUGUCCUGGUUACAUAUCUAGGUCCGUAGCUGGCUCUUAUGAUAAUGAAGGAGUUGCCAUUUUCGCUUUGCUUUUCACGUUUUAUUUGUUCGUGAAGGCGGUUAAUAAGGGUUCUUUGGCUUGGGGUUUAGCUUCGGCUUUUGGUUAUUUUUACAUGGUUUCAGCUUGGGGAGGAUACGUUUUUAUUAUUAACUUAAUCCCACUUUAUGUAUUGGUGCUUUUGAUAACUGGGAGGUAUUCCAUGAGGCUAUAUGUUGCUUAUAAUUGUAUGUAUAUUUUGGGAAUGUUGCUGGCAAUGCAGAUUCGAUUUGUUGGGUUUCAACAUGUACAAUCUGGUGAACAUAUGGCUGCCAUGGGUGUCUUCUUCUUGAUGCAGGUUUUCUACUUUUUGGAUUGGGUGAAGCACAUGCUUAGUGACACGAAAUUGUUUCAAGAGUUUUUGAGUAUCACUGUGACCUGUGCAGUAGCUGCGGGAGGUAUUGCUUUGGGAGUAGGCAUGGCAUCUGGCUAUAUUUCACCAUGGACAGGAAGGUUUUACUCUUUGUUGGAUCCAACCUAUGCGAAGGAUCACAUCCCCAUUAUUGCAUCUGUCUCUGAGCAUCAGCCAACAGCAUGGUCAUCUUUCAUGUUUGAUUUCCAUAUCCUGCUUUUCCUUUUCCCAGCUGGUCUUUACUUUUGCUUCAAACGGUUGUCAGAUGCCACUAUAUUUAUUGUCAUGUAUGGUCUCACAAGCAUGUAUUUUGCUGGUGUCAUGGUUCGGUUGAUUCUUGUUGCUACACCUGCAGUUUGCCUUAUUAGUGCUAUUGCUGUUUCUGCCACUGUGAAGAAUUUGACUGUUCUGUUGAGGUCAAAGAACAAGGUUGCCCAGAUUGGUUCCACUAAAGGAACUAGCAGUGCAAAGGCCUCUUCUAAGGCUUCACUCGAUCAAUCCCAGCCUUUCCAGAAAAAUGGAGCUAUGGCAUUGCUCUUUGGUGCUUUUUACUUGCUCAGUAGGUAUGCUACCCACUGUACAUGGGUCACUUCAGAGGCUUAUUCAUCUCCUUCAAUUGUGCUGGCUGCAAGAGGUGCUCAUGGGAAUAGAGUUAUCUUUGAUGAUUAUCGUGAGGCAUACUUUUGGCUUCGGCAAAAUACUCCCCCGGAUGCUAAGGUGAUGUCUUGGUGGGAUUACGGGUAUCAAAUCACUGCCAUGGGAAACAGAACUGUUAUUGUUGAUAACAACACUUGGAAUAAUACACAUAUUGCUACUGUGGGGCGUGCAAUGUCAUCUUAUGAAGACGAGGCAUAUGAGAUAAUAAGAUCACUUGAUGUGGAUUAUGUUUUAGUUGUCUUCGGAGGUGUUACGGGUUAUUCAUCUGAUGAUAUUAACAAAUUUUUGUGGAUGGUGAGAAUUGGAGGUGGAGUAUUCCCCGUAAUCAAGGAACCUGAUUACCUCGUUAAUGGGGAAUAUCGCGUUGACAAAGGUGCAGCUCCUAAGAUGUUGAACUGCCUCAUGUACAAGCUAUCGUACUAUCGGUUCGGAGAGAUGAUGACAGAAUAUGGCAAACCUCCCGGCUAUGAUCGAGCUCGAGGUGUUGAAAUCGGGAAUAAAGACAUUAAACUAGAACACUUGGAAGAGGCAUUUACGACGUCUAACUGGAUAGUUCGUAUUUAUAAAGUUAAACCACCAAAUAAUAGGUGGUAAGGCUUUACUGAUCUUGAAAAGGACAUGGUAAUUGUAAUUGUACUUGAGUUUUUGAGUUUGAACCUUGAAUUAUAGAUUAGCUGUAGCAAUGAGUUAUAUUUUUCUUGAAACUGAGUUGGUGACAAUGUUCAAGGCUCUUAGGUUUUCUAGAUUUUUUUUUUUUGAAGAUUCUAGAACCCCAUUUUUGCAGAUUUGAUAGUAUUCAGUUAUUUGGUUGUUAUGCUUCAUAACUUUCUAUGAAAGGUUAGGAAAUGCAUUGAAUUAUCUUUUUGGUAUUGUUCGGAGUUCAUGGCUGCUUCUCUCAAUAAUAUCAUCUUCAAAGUUUGAAUUUGCGUUU